UGACGCUCAUGUUUCUUAAAUGCAUUUACAUAACUAACUUCCUGAUGCUUUCAGCACGUCAUCUCUUUGUUUCUUGGUUUAGUAUUUUUUGUGUGCUCAUUAUCAUACAGUCUUUCACAGGUGCUGCUCCUCUCAUGGUGAAAUACAUUUUAUUUUUUCCUCUUUUUCAUAUUCUUAGAUUUGAUUCUUCCAUGAUGUGAUUUUAAUACCAAGUCAAGUCCCUGGAAUACUGGUCCCAGAUUAGAAGAAAAUUGUCUUUUACUUUAACUGUAGAUUUAUUAUUCUAUCAUUGAGACUAUUUGGUACAUUUAUAUUUUUUCCAGUGGUGUCAGCACCUAUUUUAGACUUGUUACUAUAUUUUAGAGACACAGAAAGAUGAUGAAAUUGCGGUGUCCAAUAACAAGAAACACAAUUGACACUAUGCAUUAUCUUUAUCAUCAUGAAUUCACAUCCUAUUGCAACUUUUUCCCUCCUAAUAAACGGGUAAUUUUUCAUUCAACAUGAUAUGUGAAGAGUUGCAUGUAUAGGGGCAGAGUUAAGGCUUACAUGGAAUCAGACUAAGUGGGGCAUAAUAAUCAUCAACAAUUCAAUUUGCUCUAAAUUUUUGUUGCAGUUUCUCAUUAUUUUGACUCGUAGCCAGUUGGCAUACAGGGCUGAGUGCCACCACAGCUUAAACUUUCUAAAGUUUUGUCAGUCAAGAACAACUUUAAGAAAGCCGUAAUGAGAGGAACUAUAGUUUAUCCAACUUCAUAUCUUUCAAUUGCAUAUAAUUUAAUUGAAUACUUAAAGGUAAAUGACCAAAGAAGUACUUUUAAGGUAAAAACACAGUAAUUAAUAGGCUCACAUCUCCAAUUCAUUAAAACUGAGUAAGGGAUCUAGACAAUCCAAUUUUAAAUGAUUCACAAUUUUGCUCCAUAGAGUCUUCCUAUUUUUAUUUUUAUUUAUUUUUUGAUAUUUUGGGUGUGGGUAGAAUCAGUAACUCAAGAAGAGACAGACUUUGGUUCUUGGUAAGAGUAGAUCACUAAUAAGUGCUUGUCAUUACAUCGAUCAAAUUUAUGGUUUUGUGAAGUUAUCUGUUGAGAGUUCAUGGGAUCAUAUGAUUAAUGUGUCCAUCUUGCAUUUGAAUGCAGCGGAAUGCUUUAGUUGUCAGCUCUUUGAUUGGAUGCAACGGCACAACAAAAUCAGUGCUUCAUCUUAUAGCAGUUAUAUAAAGUUCAUGGGGACAAGUCUUAACCCGGCAAAGGCACUAGAAAUAUACCACAGCAUUCCUGAUGAAUCAAAAAAAACUAAUGUCUUCAUAUGUAAUUCACUUCUUAGAUGCCUGGUCAGGAAUACCAAGUUCGAUAGCAGCAUGAAAUUCUUUCAUAAGAUGAAGAACAAUGGUCUAACACCAGAUGCUAUUACAUAUAGUACGCUGCUUGCUGGGUGCAUGAAAAUCAAAGAUGGGUAUUCUAAGGCAUUGGAUCUGGUUCAGGAACUGAAUUAUAAUGGACUGCAGAUGGACAGCAUAAUGUAUGGGACACUUUUGGCAGUUUGUGCUUCAAAUAAUCGGUGUGAAGAAGCACAAAGCUACUUUAACCAGAUGAAGGAUGAGGGUCAUUCGCCUAAUAUAUUUCAUUAUAGCUCGUUACUCAAUGCAUACUCUUCUGAUGGAAACUACAAGAAGGCUGAAGAGUUGGUGCAGGACAUGAAAUCUUCAGGGUUAGUACCAAAUAAGGUAAUAUUGACAACUCUGUUAAAGGUAUAUGUAAGAGGAGGCUUGUUUGAAAAAUCCAGAGACCUUCUGGUAGAACUGGAUACCUUGGGCUUUGCAAAAAAUGAGAUGCCCUAUUGUUUAUUGAUGGAUGGCCUUGCUAAGAAUGGGCUCUUAGAUGAAGCAAGAUCAGUUUUCAAUGAAAUGAAGGAAAAACGUGUUAAAUCUGGUGGCUAUUCGUACAGUAUCAUGAUUUCAUCAUUUUGCCGAGGUGGCCUUUUUGAAGAGGCAAAGGAGUUGGCGGAGGAGUUUGAAGCCAAGUAUGAUAAAUAUGACGUAGUUAUAUUGAAUACAAUUCUUUGUGCCUACUGUAGAACAGGUGAAAAAGAGAGUGUGAUGCGAACAAUGAGGAAAAUGGAUGAAUUGGCGAUCAGUCCUGACUACAAUACUUUCCAUAUUCUUAUCAAGUAUUUUUGUAAGGAGAAGUUAUAUAUGCUUGCUUACCAGACCAUGGAAGACAUGCAUAGGAAAGGCCAUCAACCUAUGGAGGAGCUUUGUUCCUCAUUGAUUCUUCAUCUUGGUAAAAUUAAAGCCCAUGCAGAAGCCUUUUCUGUUUACAGUAUGUUGAAGUCUAGCAAAAGGACAAUGUCUAAAGCCUUUCAUGAGGAUAUUUUACACAUUCUUAUUGCUGGAAGGCUUCUCAAAGAUGCUUAUGUAGUAGUUAAGGAUAAUGCAGAAUUGAUCUCUCCAGCUGCAAUUAAGAAGUUUGCAAGCUCAUUUGUGAAGCUUGGUGACAUCAAUUUGAUAAAUGAUGUUAUGAAGGUUAUUCAUGGUUCUGGAUACAAGAUUGAUCAGGAACUAUUUCUGAUGGCUGUGUCACGUUACAUUGCUGAACCUGAAAAGAAGGACUUGCUUAUACAAUUGCUACAAUGGAUGCCAGGCCAAGGUUAUGUUGUUGAUUCCUCAACAAGAAACCUGAUCCUUAAGAACUCACACUUAUUUGGCCGCCAGCUCAUUGCUGAGAUCCUGUCCAAGCAGCACAUGACGUCAAAAGCCUUGAAAGCUCAGUAGACGAAGGAAAACUAGUCUAGAACGAAAGGAGGUUUAGGGUAACCCAACUUUUGGAGUUUAUCCUUUUCUAGCAUUUUUAACCAAGUGGGUUCCGUUUUCCCUCUCCAUCUUUUGUGUAGAACUGUUCUUACUCCAUGGAUAUCUUAUAGAUCUGACUAUACAUGCAUGUGACCAGAUUUAGAAAUUUUCCUGUUUUAAUGUAGCGAGUAAUCAUCACCAUCAAAAGAAAAAAAGAAGAAGGUAAUUAGUGAUCCUGAUUCUAUUUGACAA